AUGGUGGGAACAUCAGCAACACCUUUGUCUAAGAUACAAAGGACUCCGUCAGGUACUCCCGGUGGUCCCAAAAUUCGGGAGGAGAAGAUUCGCGUAACCGUUCGGAUGAGGCCACUCAACCGGAAGGAACAAGCAAUGUACGAUCUAAUUGCUUGGGAUUGCUUGGAUGAACAAGCUAUUGUAUUCAAGAAUCCAAACCAAGAGAGGGCGGCGUCACUAUACACUUUUGAUAAAGUUUUUGCUCCUACAUGUUCAACUCAGAAGGUUUAUGAAGAAGGGGCUAAAGAUGUUGCUUUAUCAGCACUUUCUGGAAUCAAUGCAACAAUUUUUGCGUAUGGGCAGACUAGUAGUGGUAAGACAUUCACGAUGAGAGGUAUCACUGAAAAUGCUAUUAAGGACAUCUACGAGCACAUCAAGAAUACACCGGAAAGGGAUUUUAUUUUGAGAAUCUCUGCUUUGGAAAUCUAUAAUGAGACUGUCAUAGACCUUCUAAAUCGUGAAUCUGGUCCUCUUCGGCUUUUGGAUGAUCCUGAGAAAGGGACUAUUGUGGAAAAGCUGAAUGAAGAAGUAGCUAAGGAUGGUCAUCAUCUAAGGCAUUUAAUUGGCAUCUGCGAAGCGCAAAGGCAAGUUGGGGAAACUACUUUAAAUGAUAAAAGCUCAAGAUCACAUCAAAUAAUCAGGCUGACUGUAGAGAGCAUCCUUCGUGAAAGGUCAGGCCAUGUAAAGUCUUUCCUAGCCAGUUUGAAUUUUGUGGAUCUUGCUGGAAGUGAACGCAUCUCUCAAGCAAAUACAUGUGGAGCAAGAUUGAAGGAAGGCAGCCACAUCAAUCGAAGUUUAUUGACACUAGCGUCAGUCAUCAGGAAGCUAAGUGGUGGAAAACGUGGUCAUAUACCAUAUAGAGAUUCAAAACUGACACGAAUAUUGCAGUCUUCACUUGGGGGGAAUGCUCGAACAGCGAUUAUAUGCACAAUAAGUCCGUCCUUAAGUCACGUGGAGCAAACAAGAAAUACACUAACAUUUGCUACAAGUGCAAAGGAAGUUGUUAAUACUGCCCGAGUGAAUAUGGUUGUUUCAGAUAAGACCCUAGUUAGACAGUUGCAAAAGGAAGUUGCCAGGCUUGAAGGGGAGUUACGAAGCCCUGAACUUUCUUCAGAUUCAUGUCUAAGGUCAUUGCUAGCUGAAAAGGAAUUGAAAAUUCAGCAGAUGGAAAGGGAUAUAGAGGAUCUGAGGCGACAGAGAGACCUUGCACAAUCUCAACUUGAACUUGAAAAAAGAGCAAAUAAAGUUCGGAAGGGAUCAAAUGAUCAUGGGCCCUCUAGUCAAGUUGCAAGAUGUCUUUCUUUUCCUGAAGAAAAUGAAUCAAAAACUCCAGGCCGAAAAGCAGCAGUAGGCAGGCAGGCAAUGCUGAAGAAUUUAUUGGCUGUUCCUGAUCCAUCCAUACUGGUCGGUGAAAUUCGGAAGCUUGAGCAUCGGCAGCUGCAGCUCUGUGAGGAUGCAAAUCGAGCACUUGAAGUUCUACACAAGGAUUUUGCAACCCACAAACUUGGAAAUGAGGAAACUGCUGAAACCAUGUCGAAAGUAUUGUCUGAAAUAAAAGAGUUGGUAGUUGCUAGCUCUACUCCCGAAGAAAUUGUGGCUGCAGAUAAGGCCAAUCUGAUGGAAAAGUUCACUCAGUUGAAAUAUCAAGGAAACACUAUUGCAUCUUUAGAAAGGAAGCUGGAGAAUGUUCAAAAAUCUAUAGAUAAGCUAGUCUCUGCUUUUAGUACUGAGGAGACUCUAGAGAGCAAAACCCCACAGAGAAGGAAGAAAAUUCUUCCUUUCACCUUAAGCAACAGUCCUAACAUGCAACAUAUAAUACGCGCUCCUUGUUCGCCUCUCUCCUCUUCUUGCAAAGCAAUGGAACACGAAAUUGAGAAUAGGGUGCCGGAAAACAAUAUUGCCAUAUCUGACAGUGAUAAUUUUGCAAGGUUACAUAAAGAUACUCCACGUAAGGAUGAUGAAAGUUGUGAUUCGAUUUUAUCACGGGAUGGAAGCCCUGCUGCACGGCAAUCAAAAUCAGUAAACGUGAAGAAGAUUCAGAAAAUGUUCAAGAAUGCUGCUGAGGAGAACAUUCGGAGCUUCAGAGUUUAUGUUACCGAGUUAAAAGAGCUCGUAGCAAAACUGCAUUACCAGAAGCAGCUCUUGGUUUGUCAGGUUUUGGAGCUUGAAGCAAACAAGUCUGUAAAUGAAGAAAUGGAUACAACUGAUGGAUCUCCCUUACCAUGGCACAUACUAUUUGAACAGCAGAGAAAACAAAUUAUCAUGUUAUGGCAUUUGUGCCACAUUUCUAUCGUGCACCGGACACAGUUUUAUCUUUUGUUGAGAGGAGAUCCUUCUGAUCAGAUAUAUAUGGAAGUUGAACUUAGAAGAUUGACUUGGUUGGAACAGCACCUGGCAGAGCUUGGGAAUGCUAGUCCUGCACUUCUAGGUGAUGAGCCUGCAAGUUCUGUUUCCGCAAGCAUCAGAGCUCUGAAGCAAGAAAGGGAGUAUCUAGCUAAGAGGGUGAACGCUAAACUUACAGCAGAUGAGAGGGAACUACUUUAUGCAAAAUGGGAAGUUCCUCCUGUAGGAAAACAAAGGAGGCUGCAACUAGUGAAUAAAUUGUGGACUGACCCGUAUAACAUGCAACACGUACAAGAAAGCGCUGAAAUUGUGGCAAGGCUUAUUGAUUUCUGUGCAUCCGAUGAAAAUAGCAAGGACAUGUUUGAAUUAAACUUUGCAAGCCCUUCUAAUAAGAAAACAUGGGGCUGGAACUUGAUAUCAAAUCUUUUAAAUUUGUGA